UGAACCACGACAGGGGGAGAGAGGUGUCGACACUGCGGUCGGGUCACCCGUGCCGCCGCCGGCGGCGUCGAGUUCUCGCUUCUCUCAUUACCGUCGGGAACCGCCGCGGCACCGCCAGGCCACAGCAGUAGUCACACGUCAGAUGCGCUUGCGACAUCAUGUGACGUCGUCCCACUUCGUUAUUAUAAAGCGCGCGCGUGUUUAUGAUGACAGGAAAAUGUGAACCGGACUCUUUGCCCGUCGUCAUACCAGUCGCGUCCGAGACGUCUUCCGCAGGAAUCCACGACAACAACAAUAACGCGUCUUCUACGGCCACAACGUCGCCCGUCACGGCCACCGUGCAUCCCUUUAGCAAGAGGGAACCCAUCGUCACCAGCUCAUCGUUGAUAUUUUCACAGUCGUCUAAUCAAAAGGAUGGUAAAAGGGCUAACAAACCACUAAUGGAGAAAAGAAGACGAGCAAGAAUAAAUCAAUCGCUAGCGCUUUUGAAAACUCUUAUUUUAGAUUCUACUAGGACAGAGAAUACUAAGCAUUCAAAAUUGGAAAAAGCUGACAUAUUAGAACUUACCGUACGCCAUUUACAACGGCAAAAAGUUCUGAGCUCAGACGUCAGGGAUAAAUAUCGGGCUGGCUUCCAAGAAUGCGCUAGAGAGGUUACUAGAUUUUUGGAGUGCCCCGAACUGCAUAUGUGCAGUACUGGAACUGGAACACUUCUUUCUGCUGGUUCCACAGUUAUAGAACCAGCUGUAAAACAACGCCUGUUAAGACACUUAGAUACAUGUUCAUCAGAAAUUGAUUUAGAUUUUAGCAACUCUACAGUUGUUAUUCCUGAUGACAUUAUCGGUGGAGACGAAGAAUCAAAUUGUAGCACGAUCGAAAGUAAAAAUGAUCGUAUAAAAUCUGAACCUCCUAAGAAACGAGCUCGCAGUAAAUCUGUGGGUAUAGAAGAUAAGGUGAUAGAUCGUGGUGGUCUGACAGCAAGUGUUGUUGUAGCGCCAACUAAUGAUCCUACACAACCCUUAUCUGUUGUACAGGUAAUUCCUUCACAACUUCCUGAUGGCCAAGUUGUAUUCCUGUUACCAAGUCACUAUGUGCAUUGCCAACAAAACCAAGGGGCUGAACCAAGGCCUCCGGGUGAUGAACCUAUUGAUUUUAGUGUAAAAAGAGAACAUGAACAUGACAGUAUGUGGAGACCUUGGUAAAUUCAAAUUCUAGAAUUAGCCAAUUAGGUGUCUUCAAGAUGUGUUUUUUUUUCAAUCUUCUUAAAUGAAAUUUUCUUAUUUAUUUCCCCUGUCUGUGAUACAACUUAAGUAUUGGUUUUCUGUGGUGCACAUUUUUUGAGCCUUUUAUUAGAAAUUUCAUAAUGUAAUAAUAUUGUAAGAAUGUUAAGAUAAUUUUUCCAUUUUAGAAGGCUUAGUAAAAUAUGCUUUGAUCAAACCUCAAAAUUAUUAUAAAGAGGUUUUCACACAAUUCGAUCGAUAAUAUUAUAAUUAGUAUUAUAUA